AUUUCCAGCCAAUUUCUUCGUCUAUAAACAUGUCCAUCAAUAUGAAUGCCAACUUUUUGAAGCUUCUCACCCAUUUUCGGCGUCACGAUUUGACAAAUUUCAAGUCGGAGCACGACACGUUGUACGAAAAAGCUCUGGAAACUGGAGAUCAUUUGGAAGUGACGUCACACUAUUACAGUGUUAUGAGUACUGUAAUCGAUGAGUAUUUUGGCGGGAAUUUUCAUUUUGUACCGCCGAAAUUCGAGGGGCAAAAGCUUGAGGAGGCGUUGAAGUCUCUUCACUGCCACAUUGCUGAAAAGCUGGAAUUGUCGGAAAAUGUGCAUUGUCUGGAUAUUGGAUGUGGAAUUGGUGGAGUUAUGCUGGAUAUUGCUGAUUUCGGAGCCAAGUUGACAGGCGUCACAAUUGCUCCGAACGAGGCGGAGAUUGGAAACGAAAAAUUCGCCAAUAUGGGAAUAUCGGAUCGUUGUAAAAUUGUGGCGGCAGAUUGUCAAAAAAUGCCUUUUGAAGAUUCGACAUUUGACGUUGCUUAUGCUAUAUAUUCCCUGAAAUAUAUCCCGAAUUUGGACAAAGUUAUGAAGGAAAUUCAGAGAGUGCUCAAGCCGGGAGGAAAAUUUAUUGUAUACGAUUUGAUAAAGACAAAUGAUUAUGACAAGGAUAAUAAGGAACAUUAUAAGACCCUCCAUCAUCUGGAAUACGCGUGCGGAAUGCCAUCACUUCAUACCCAAUCAGAAGUCGAAGCGGCCGCCGAAAAAUGGGAAAUGCCUGUGGUGGAGCGGGAAAAUUUGGAGGAAACCUACGGAAAUCGGGCUUUUCACUACUGUUUCUCGGCGAGCCCAAUGUUCAUGUGGUUGGUGAGCAGUCCAGUGAUAGAUCACACUAUCCGAAUGGCUGAAAUUUUGCGCAUAUUACCCGCCGGGUUUAAACAAUUUAACCGAACUUUUCUGUGUGGAACAGUGAACUCAAUUGUCGGAGGAGGACGGAUGGGAAUACUCUCCGGAGCCGAUAUUUUGCUGUUUGAGAAGAAGAAAAUCUGAUUUUUUUUUUCGUUUUUUCAGCUUAAAAUUGCAUUCAAAAUACUGUAAUAAUAUUAAUAAACAAUUAUUUACUGCUAAA